AUGGAGGCGAUGCUCACAGCCCUUGGUCGUCAGGUUGAAACCCAUCGCACAGUCUGUCUAUCCAGUGACUCAUCCAUGGUGCCCGGGUGGGCCAAUGUGCUUGUGCCUGUCGAUACUCCGCUACAACGACCCCAGCCCCCCAGAGCGACACCGACAGAGCCAUGCCACCCCGAACCACCGUGCCAUCAUGACAGAUCCCGGGCAACAAACACUCUCACAGUCUCAUCACCCGAAGCCCCCAGAGAGCGCCUCUCAUCGGCGUCGGAUCUGCCGACCGCCGAUCUGCUGUACAGCCUAAUCGACCUGUACUUCAAGCAUGUUAACACCUGGUGUCCUAUUUUGGACCGUCAGGGUACCUUUGAGUUGUUCUCCACCAUUCCUGGGCCUGAUAACCCGGAUUCCGUUGUCCUUUAUGCAAUUGUCGCUACUGCCUUGCGGUUCAGUCAGGACCCGUCCCUGACGCCACAUGCCCGCAGACAAUACUAUGAUGCGGCUAAAGCCAAGGUACUCCUUUGUGCUGUAGAAAAUCCCUCACUCCAGUCCCUUCAGGCCUUGGUGAUCCUCUCCUUUGACUUCCUCGGUUCGUCAAAUGGCCCACAGACAACAAACAUCAUCGCCCUUGUUGUUCAUACUACCCUCCAGUUAAAUCUACACGUCGAAUCCCCUCAUGCCCUGUCUUCCUCCGUGCGGGCCAUUGCCGGCUUCAGUCGGUUCCGCGACCGAAUCUUGCCGCAUCCCGACUCCUGGAGAGAAGAAGAAGGGCGCCGUCGUCUAUUCUGGAUGGCGUACAUCUUGGAACGCUACGCUGCGGUUGCUACGGGCUCGGACUUUGUGUUGCCUGAAUCUAGUAUUGACCGCGCCCUCCCGUGUCGCUAUGACCUGUUCUCCAGGAAUCAGCCGGUAGAAACCCGCUGGUCCAGGGAUCUGAGGGGCGCGGAGAUUGUCAUUGACCAUCCCGAAAACCUCGGCAGCUUUUCCUACCACUGCGAGAUCGUUCGUAUUCUGAGUCGCAUCCACCUCUUCCUCCAGACGCCGGUCGACAUUUGCUCCCUGGCAGAGGUUCAGAAGUGGGAAAGGACCUUCCAAGAGUUGGAUUAUGAGCUGAAUAGUUGGUUGGGGAGAUUGCCGGGUGAUUACAGUAACGUCUCGCAGCUCUGUCACUCGGAUCCGACAAGCAAAAUCUCAAACUGGAUCACUCUACAUGCCGCGUUCGUCACGGCGGUAGUGCGGUUGCACUCCUGUGCUGCUUACCCACCGGUCCAGUCGCAUAUCUUCCACUCUUCACUCAAUGCAUCGCAACGCUGCCUCGCGGCAGUCCGUAGUCUACACGGAAUUGCCCAAGAGGUUGUGGACACCGGCAUGCUUGACCUGAUGGGGCCUCAAUUUGCCCUGGCUUUAUCCAUCGUGGCUCGUCUCCUGCUCGUCCAUACCGGUAGCAAAGGUGGUGUAUUGGACCCCAGCUACGAAUUCUUCAUCUUGACACUUCAGCAGAUGGGCCAGCAGUGGAGUUCAGCAGAGGACUGUGCCUCGAUGCUACGAAAGAUAUCCAACCAAGUGCUGAUGCAGCGCCCAUCACAAGCUCCAGCUGCAAAUGAGCUUGCCAGGAUGCGGAUGAUUGCCUACCAAAUCAAUAUUUCAGCAACUCGCUUCCCACAUCCUGGGACCCUUCCCGUCAGGUCGCUCUCCAUUGAGGACCUUGAAUGUCUUGAAAUUUUCGACUUUUUCAACUAUCCUCGACUUCCGCCUGCCAUGGCCGUCGUUCCCAGCAUGUAUAGGUUUACACACAAUGUCGAGGAUCCCAUCGCAGCCAGCGAUUACUCCCUAACCACACCACAUCUGCCACCUAGUUCUCAGAUAUAA